UUAAAAGUCUUCCCGUCGCUUGGAGAGGGUGAACGGGCUGGACUGGAUGGAAUAACCAACACGGGUUGCACGACGUCAUAGGACGUGAUUAUACACUGAAACGUGUUAAAGACCUUCAAGUCGUCGUCAUAUUGUCCGUUUAUAUGCUCAGAGACGCUAAAUAUCGGCGCGCGACAAGCAAACAUCGGCGCGCGCUUCUCUUCAAAUGAGCUCAGAUUGGACAACCACUGGAGCCCGUUUAAAACCAGGCAAGGAACUAACUUUAAAUAACUGUCACAUUAGGUGAGACAGCAGCAGGUCCUCGAGGAGCAACAAGUAAGUCAUAACAAGCUUCAUUCACAGUUUGAGAGCUCCAGAGCGUUGGAUCAGAGACGACAUCUACGGCUUCAGCCCUCCAGGCCAUGAGUAGUUUCAAAGGGAAGGAUGUGGAAAAACAGGGCAUCAAGCUGCCAAAAAAAUGGGUUGAUCACAAUGACAAAAUCCCCACAGACCGCACGAUGGUUGUUGGUGGAGUCAUGGGAGGAGGAGACUCCUACAAUCCUGCAGGAGGACCAUUGAAGAAACGGCGCCAGCGCUAUGUGGAGAAGGAUGGGAAGUGCAACGUCCACCAUGGAAACGUGCGUGAAACCUACCGUUACCUAACGGACAUCUUUACCACACUUGUGGAUUUAAAGUGGCGUUUCAAUCUUUUGGUGUUUACACUCGUCUACACCACCACAUGGGUGUUCUUUGGUCUCAUUUGGUGGCUCAUCGCCUAUGUGCGUGGAGACCUGGACCAUGCUGACGACAAUGACUGGAUACCUUGCGUAAAUAACCUCAACGGGUUUGUCUCAGCUUUCCUUUUCUCAAUUGAGACGGAAACCACUAUUGGUUAUGGGUACCGUGUCAUUACAGACAAAUGUCCUGAGGGUAUCAUCCUUCUUCUGGUGCAAGCCAUCUUGGGCUCUAUUGUCAAUGCCUUCAUGGUGGGCUGUAUGUUUGUUAAGAUCUCACAGCCAAAGAAACGUGCUGAAACGCUCAUGUUCUCCAACACAGCUGUGAUUUCAAUGCGGGACAACAAACUGUGUUUAAUGUUCCGUGUCGGUGACUUGCGUAACUCGCACAUUGUGGAGGCCUCCAUUAGGACAAAGUUGAUCCGCUCUAAGCAGACCAAGGAAGGAGAGUUCAUCCCUCUAAACCAGACGGACAUCAAUGUAGGGUUUGACACAGGGGACGAUCGGCUUUUCCUGGUGUCACCUCUGAUCAUUUGUCAUGAGAUUAAUGAAAACAGCCCCUUCUGGGAGAUCUCUCAAGAUCAACUGGCACGAGACGAGUUUGAAAUAGUCGUCAUCUUGGAAGGAAUGGUGGAGGCCACAGGAAUGACAUGUCAAGCCCGCAGCUCUUACCUCAACUCAGAGGUGCUUUGGGGAGAGCGCUUCACCCCUGUUCUUUCAUUGGAAGAGGGAUUUUACGAGGUGGAUUAUGAUACUUUCCACCACACCUACCACACCCCAACCCCGUACUGCUCCGCACGGGAACUAGCAGAAAUGGCAAAGAAUGGGGAAGCUAACCCUCUGCCUCCUAUUUCACCCCCAGCAACCCUGGGAGAGCCCGUACACCCAGAGGAGAUGCCUGAUGAUGGUAAACUGGAAGCAGCAGCUGCAGAAGAGACUGUUAGCAAUGGUGAUGUGAACAGAAUGGAAUGUGGACAAGAAUGACCGAGUCCGACUGUUUUGUGAUAAGUCUUAUGCUGCCCCCGUGUGGACAGAUGGCACAUUGCAGCAUCAUUGACGAAGAAAACAAGAACUUGCACCUGCAUUUCUGUUUGCUUCAGCCAUAUAAACUGAAGUACUGUAAAAAUCUAUAGGCCUAUAGGUCUACAUUUACACUGGUACUGUUAUUAAUAACUGUUUUCAAGUAUAGUACAAAAUCAGAUAUUAUUAAAUAACAUUUUUUGAUGAAAAAAAUACUUACAUUUCAAUUCUGUCAACAUUUACCCACCCUUAUGAUUUUUCCCUAUGGAACACAAAAGGAGAUAUAAAGGGGCGUACACACCGAAAAUGUUUUGCGUUCAUCUGCUCUGUUUUCCAAUUCAACAUAAACAUGUGUUUGACAGAAGUCUGCAUUUCGCUGUUUUUUCAGCAUCUUUUUUUUUUUAGACAAAGUGUCAAGUUAAGAACUUCAAUUUUUAAAAACUCGUCUCGAGACCUGCAUUCUGUUCUAUUAGUUGUGCUGCAUGUGCCUAGUUUGUGUGUGUGUGUGUGUGUGUGUGUGUGUACGUGCGUGCGUGCGUGCGUGCGUGCGAUAACGCAUUCAGUCUGAAUGUUAGGGACUGACAAUCUCAAGUCACUAUUCGCUUCCAUUGUAUGAAAAAAAGAGAGCAGCGCAAACAUUAUUAAAUAUGUCUUGUGUUCUACUGGGGAAAAAAAUUAUAUAAGUUUGGAUCAACAUAAGGGUGAGUAAUGACAACAGAUUUUUUAUUUUUGGGUGAACCAUCUCUUUAAACCCUCAUUCAGCUCGAAUUUAAAUGCAAUGUAUUUGAUUUAAGGGAAAGUUCACCCAAAAAUAAAAAAUCUGUUGUCAUUUACUCACACUCAUGCCAUCCCAGAUGUGACUGACUUUCUUUGCUGAACACAAACAAAGAUUUUUAGAAUGAUAUUUCAGCUCUGUAGGUCCAUACAAUGCAAGUAAAUGGUGGCCAGAACAUUAAAGUUCCAAAAAGAAAAUAAAGGCAGCAUUAAAGUAAUCCAUAUGGCUCAAGUGGUAAAAUCCAUGUCUUCAGAAGUGAUAUGAUAGGAAUGGACCAACAGGGCUGACAUAUUCUUCUAAAAAUCUGUUCAUGUUCAGUAGAAGAAAGAAAGUCACACACAUCUGGGAUGGCAUGAGGGUGAGUAAAUGAUGAGAGAAUUUUCAUUUUUGGGUGAACCAUCCCUUUAACUCACAACAAGUGAGAUUACAUGCACGUACAUAACACUUUUUCACUUAUUUGAGAGAUAGAUACUUUGAGGACUCUGUGACAUAUCAUGGUGUACACAAGCAACAAAAAGUUGGCUAUAAACACCCAACAAAUAAGAACGCACAAUGCAAUUGCUCAUUAUAUUUUAUUUAAACCAAGAUGUUUGUGUCAGAGAAAUUAUGAAACAUUGUACUAAUUGGUUAAUUGUGUCAUUUUCCAUAUCUUCUUUUUUUUACUUCAUUUAUGAUUCUGCUUGAAUAAGUGCCCUCAAAAUUAUUUCAAGCCCUCUUUUUGC